AUGAGCUUCCAAACCCACCCGAAGGCUUUUAUGGAGUGGUUUGAUCGAAUUAUCCGGGCUAGUGAAUAUAGCAUGGCCAACAUGAUUCUCAUGAAGAGACAAUAUCAGGAUUUAUUUGACGUGAAUGAAAAAGAGAAGCAAAAAGAAGAAGAUCUAGAUGAAGAAUCAUUUCUCAGAGAGGAAUUACACAGGAAGAAGCUCUGGAGCUCAUUAAACAGUCCAACCCUCCACCAAAUCCUUCAGUUGAACCCCAAAUCGAACAGCCUCCAAGGACCCGAACGUUCAGCUACUCAGCCCUGCCAAGGAGCGCCACAAUGGUAUAGCAAUUUUGCAACUAUCGGACAUACACAGCGGAAAUGUCCUAAUCCUAGUGUAAUUUAA